AUGAGUGAGGCUCCGCCGCAGAGUGUGGAGGAGGACACGACGGGAGGACACUUUUUCGGCAACUUUCCUCGCUACUAUGAUGCGCAGUUCAAUCCGCCGUCUAAGCGGCUGCCGUUUGUGCCGAGAGCCGUCGGCGUGCUGGUGGCCGAGGCCGCCGGCGACGGCGAGCGCCCGCUGUACAUGCUCGAUCUUGGGUGCAACGCCGGUGAUUUGACGGUGGCGGUGGCUGAAAGGGUGGCGGAGAGCUCGGGACGAGCGGUGCACGCGGUUGGCAUUGACGUCGAUGCCAGCCUGGUGGCGCGGGCCGAGACACUGGUGGCCGGGCGCAACGGCGACGCGGCGGCCGGGCUCAGCUUUGCCUUUCUGGCUGGUGACAUCUUGGCCGACGGCGUUGAGGACACGCUGCUCGCCGCAAGAGGUGGCGAGGUGCCGACUGACGGCGCCUCGCCGCCGUUCGAUGUGGUUUUCUGCUUUGGGUUGGUCAUGUGGAUCCACGUUAAUGCCGGUGACGACGGACUGCGAGCGUUCCUGGCCAAGCUGGGCAGCCUGGGCGCAACUCUGGUCCUCGAGACUCACACUUGGGACAACUACCGCAAGUGUCGCAGCAGGCUCCGUCGCAAGGGUCUUCCGCCACCAGCCGCCUAUGCCGCGAUGACCAUCCGCAACAACAUCGAGGAGUACGUCGCGGAGUACCUCACUGACACCGUCGGUCUUACUCAAACCGCGGUGCUGGGCGUCACACCGUGGGGCCGUACCAUCGCGCUUUACGCCCAUUGCCCCGAUCUUGUCUUGGCUGAGACCGAGCCUGAGACCGAGCCUGGGCCUCAUCCUGAGCCCGAGCUGGAGCCGGCGCCGAGGACGUGAGUCAUCAUCGCCUCUAGCAUCCUCUGUCAUAUGCCUUGACUCGAUCUGAAUCCCUAUCUCAGCCUUAAUCCCAACUCUUUCG